AGGUGAAGACUGGAGGUGGCGUCAAGACCAAGCAGUUCGGACUCCAAGGUAAUAUAAAGGCGUACGUCGACUUCACCUGGUUUAACUUACCUGGAACACCGAACAGCUGCGUUGCCCAGCACGGUCAGGAAGUCCGCCACUGCCACACCACUUUCUACCAUCAUGGUGGUGUGGUCGGUGCUAAUACUAGCAGCAGCCAUUUUGGCGGAAGCAGCAGUACCAAACCCGCCAAAUUCCGGCAUCACCACCGUCGGGUCUUUGAAAUUGGCAACAGCAGCGGACUGUGCUGGUGUCGUCGCUUUUUCUGCCACUAAGGGAUCUAUCGAUAAUGCCAGAGUCCUUCUCGCCGAGACGCUGGUUGACAAAGGAGUGGGCUAUGUCGCCCAAACAGGGAUUUUCAUCACUCAUUGCCCGGGCCUGUACCAAUUCAGUUUCGCCGGUUACGGCAGCACCGAUCUUCGACUCACUUUGAAAAAGAAAUUGAACAACUCCGACAGUUGGGGACCAGUGAUCAGCGUUGGUCCAGGAGGAGGCUCCAAUCUGGUCCUGCUGGACCUCGAAGCUGGAGAUCACGUCGCCGUUUUCGUUGAUUCCGGAAAAGUAGCCGACGGUGUUUCGUUCUCCGGAUACCGAAUCGCCAAGAAAUAACCGACUCGCUCGAUAAACCGACCACGACGAUCGCGUACCAUCUGACAACUCCAAACGCUAUUUGGAAGAUCAUUGACUACGGAAAAUUCCACGAUUAACCGGGAUUCAACAUAAACGUAAAGUUGUUCUUUCAAGAGACCAUAAUUUCAGUAAUCAGCCAUCCAAUCGACAAUUCCUAAUCGACGAAAAAUGGUUCCAAUCAUCGAAAAUGUUCCGAGGCUGGUUACUGGUCUUUCUGCUAAGAUUUUGUAAUUAUCAUCGUUACCUGAAAUCGACCUGAUACUGAAGAGUGCAAAAUUGAGAAAUCUCAAUGUUCGAUCCGAAUUUACUGAACUUGUGAAUUCGUUAUAUAUUUUCUUGUUUAUAUCUGAUAGUUAAGAUGAAUCGCUUGAAAAUUAUUCGCGUCCAAGUUGUUCGAGUUCUUAAUUCGGAAAUGUUCGAUCAGAGCGGUUUCAAUCUUCUCCACGAACCUAAUGCUCUGUGAUAGCCAUUUUCCUAUGAUCGCUUUCUUUUCCCGUCUCGCAAUUUCAUUGAUGUCAUUGGUUUUUUAAAUGGAAUCGCAUCGGCACGUAUCAAUGAAAGUGCGAGGAUAUGCCUUAAACUAUUCACAAUUUGUGAUCGAUAUAUUGUAUCUUCCACUUCAUCUUUUCUAUUUUAUCUUCCAUCUCGUCGCUACAUAUAUCUCAUCUGUCUCUUUGCUAUCUCCCCUUACGUGUUUCUCUCUAUUCCAUCAACAAGUACAAAUUCAUUUUUAAUUUCCUUACUUUAAUCCUUACUUUGACCCAAAAUUUUCUUUUCUUCCUUUGUAAAAAUGAACUAUCUACCUAUCCCUAUCUUUUAUUCUCCUUCGUAACUUCUACUCUUUCUACCUUCUGAUGCUCUAUUUCUCUAUGUUCUUCCUAUCUUUUAAUACUCAAUCUUUCUACACUUCCAAUCUCUCUCCUUUACUCUCAACUAUUUUGUUGUUACCGUUACCUGUACACUUUUCUUACAUACCUAUCAGUAUUACAAUCUCAAAAUUUGCUGAGUUUGCCACCCAAUACUCUUUCGUAAACUUAUCUUCCUUUCUCUUCUCAACUUUGACUCUUUUAAAUUGUCCUCGACUUGCACACCUUUCUUCAUGUUUCUCGCUGUCUAUUGUGAUGCUGUAAUUAUCCACACGUUAUAAUUGUUCAGUCUUUUUUUUCAUCAGUGCUUGUCCCUUUAUUACUGUGUCAAUGAGAGCUCCUUUCCAAACCUUCUAUACUUUUUACUAUUUCUUUACACUUCCAAUCUCUAAGUGCUAUUUUUCUAUCCUAAUUUUCUAUCCUAAUUACAAUGCUAUUCUCUCAAAAAAUAAUUUUAUCUUUCUCUUUUCUUUUCUUAGAUUCUUAUGCUCUUCUGUGAUCUUAUCGUCUUUACGAACUACUUAUGUAAAUUGAAUUUUAAUUGAAGUUUUUCCUAUUUUUUUCACGAUGUUGUUCUUCUAUUCUUCGUAUACUGCUAUUCUUGUUACUGUCCUUUUUUAUACUUCUAUCUUGCUAUCAUUCCUAUUACGAUUCUUCUCUAUACUUUUAUAUAGCUACUCUCAAUUUCUUAUUUCUGCCUUUACUUUCGAUUUUUCAACUUUCUACACUUCCCUUUCGAUUAUAUUUAGACUCUGUUGUAAAAAUUACCUUUCUUCUAUAUUUUAUCUCUGUCGUCCUUCGUAACCUAUUUUUUUUUUCUUUUUAUUCUCUUUUACUGAAAGUUCUCGCUGAAAUUCUAAUCUGAUUUUUGUAUCAGCUUUCUUCUAUAUUUUACCUUCUUCCGAAUACUACUAUUUCCUGUUACUGUCUUCUCAUUGCCUAUUCUUCCGGCAAUUUAAAAUUUAAAUACUUCUUCUCUCUACUGCCUACGUACAUAUCUUAUUAAUUCUUGCUUUCACUUUCUCCUGUUUACUCUUUCAAUUUUAAAUGAAACUUCACUAGAAAGUUUCUUUUACUCACGUUUCUAGUCCUGUACGAUUUUUACACUAUUACCGUACCACUUCUUUACUUCGUUCAGGCGUCUGCAUCAAUACAUACAUAUUUGAGUUUCUGUUAAACUUUUCCGGUUUCUUCUUUGUUCUCAAAUGCUUUUUAUUUGCUAUAUUUUCACUAUUCUUUUCUGUCUUCUGCUUCUGCUCCCGAAACUCUUCUAUAAGCGUUCUUUACUUUAUUCUAUCAUUCAUUUUUUACAAUUUUGUAAAUAUGUCUACAACUUUCUCUCUAUCACCUGUACCCUCAAUCUUUCUACAUAGCUUUCCCUCAGCUCUAACUUUCCUCUGUCCUCUUUUCUUCGAAUCUUCGUCGUCUAAAAAUAUAAAUUUCAUUCUAAUUUAAAAAAAAAAAAACGUGUGUCGCUAAAAGGCGACAUCGCUUCUAGUCUUCUUAUCGAUACGACUAUAAAAUUGAAAUCUCUAAAUGCUGUGCAUUUUAUUUUAUAUGAGAUACUUCUUCAUCUCUAUUAUUUGUCUUGUAUAAGAAAUUCGUUCUAUGUAUUCUUUCCAAAAUAUUUCUACUCUAUCUACUUCAAAAAAUUCCUUACUCCUCUCAAUCUACACGCUAUACCUUCAUAUCUCUCUAAUUCUUUAUUCUACCUCUCUGAAUAUUUUCUUUGUCAAAUGGUUUAAAAGAAUCGUUUCAGUUUACAUUCUUGCGUAAGAUACGUCUUCCUAUCAAUUUCUUUAAAACGUCUCUUAUUGUUCUAUCUAUUCUCCAUCUGUAUUUCGUCUCAACUUGUUUUAAAAUGUCUCUUACUAUGUUCUGUUUCUCCUCUUACGCAAGACAUGUCUUUCUGUCAAUUUCUUUUAAAACCUUUCUUAUAGCUUUUGCUAUUCCUUGUAUUUCCUCUCUCAACUGGCUUAAAAAAAAUCUUUUAGUGUGUUUAGUUUCUGCUCUUAUAUAAGAUACGUCAACAUGUCAAUAUCUUUUAAGAAGUCCCUUAUUGAUCUUUCUGUUCUUCCCCUGUGUUCCCUCUCGCGACUGGUUUAAACAAACUUUUCACUAUGCUCGAUUUCUGCUCUUACGUAAGAUACGUCUUUCUGUCCAUUUCUUUUGAAACGUUUCAUAUUGCUCUUGCUAUCCUUCCUCUGUGUUACUUCUCUUAACUUGUCUUGAAAAGUCCCUUGCUAUACUCGUUUCUACUCUUACGCAAGACAUUGCUUCCUUCUUUUUCCUUUACACUAAGUUUACGGAGGAUCUUAAUACCUUUCAUUGUGUUCUUUUAUUUUUAACAUUUAUGUUGCAAGAACUCUUUGAUCACGUUUAUGUCUAUCACCGAAAUAAUUUAGACGUAUGCCGAUCUCUUUUACUACAUAAAAGUCAGCAUAAGUGUUUGGCAAAAAUAUAAAUGGCGUCUGUAACUUUCCUUGUGAAAUUUGGAAUGAUCCAAAAUGACCGUGCUCAGUGAAUCUAGUGUGGAAAAAGUCUUUUGCUACACGGUCUUCAAGAAUGAAGCCUUUGUGUCUCUCAAAUUCUUUCCUCUUUCUAUUUUUUUCAAAUAUUUCCUUUCAUUCUACGCUUUAUUUUCUACGCGUUUCCUCCUCGCUUUUCUCAUCUCUAGUCUAGUCCUCUCACCUGUCGUUGCCCGAUCUAUGCUACAGAAAAGCUCUACUUUACGAAAGAAUAAUGCGAACACCUAUCUGUGCAACUCCUUCCCACUGUGCUGUGAUUCUCAAGUGCUAUAGACGUUAGCGUACAAAUCCAAGGCAUCCUCAGCUGCUGCUACUUGUUUCUGUUCUGCUAACGUCACCGUUCCAUCUUUCGCGAUAAAAGUAGCCGACUAUUUCCUGUAUCAGGGUGAACUUUUACUUUUAACUUGCUCUGUAAGCCUGUGACAGUUGCUGCACGAACCUAAAAUUUUCUUGCAAAGCAACAUAUCUGACGCGCUAACGCGUCACGUAUGUUUCGAUGUCCUAUAGUGGAUUAGAAAUUACGUCUUGGUUUUUUUUCCCUUUUUUUCGUAUCGGAAGAAUAAAUUAACCGAAGGUCAAGCAACUGUUACCAUAAUCUAUCUGUUUACAAUAAAUGAUCCGGCUCUUAUAUCUGUCUUUCUUUUUAAACAUUCUACUCUUCCUUUCUCUCUCUACCUGUCUCGCAUCUCUCUCGCUUGUGUUCCGAUAUUUUAUCCGGAUAUCAACACGACAAUAGCCCCUCAUCGACGCGACGGCUCGUUUCGUAUGUCUCUCCACUCUGUUCUCUAAUCUGCAUUCGCUAUCACAGCAGUUACGUUGUCGAGAAGUCUCUAAUCGAAUCGCAAAGAAAAAUGCAGUAAAAAAGCAAAACCUACCUUGCGGAAAGGAGCAGACGUUCAAGCGUGGAAAUGAGCGUGCGCGUGGCUGCGAACAGUGUGUUUUUUUAUAUAUAUAUAUAUAUUUCGUUUCGUUUAUUAAACGUCUUUAUUUGAUCUUUGUAAAGUUUAUAAGUAACCUGUAAGCAUUAUCAUUGUUUUCAUUGCUGAAAAGAACGAAGGAUCUAUAAAAGCAUUGAACAAGCA